AUGGUCUACGAUACUAUUGAUUCCUAUCGCCUAAACCAGUCAAUCGUCGAAGGCUAUUUGAGAAGGCUAUUCGGCAACUACAAGUUCUAUGUCGAGCACGUCAACGACACCUAUAGGUUCUGGAUUGCAAGACCUUUAUCAAGCUCUGAAAAAAAGGAAAUUAUUGCGCUGCGAAUUCAAGACGACUGA